GAGCUGCGCGUCCGCCAGUGUGCACCAGUGAAGCGAGAGGAGCGCUUGUUGGAGUCAACUAGACAGCCUACUGGCAACGAGUGGUGAUUUCUUUUUUUCUGCCUCAACCAGGCUGGAUAUAGGCUACUGUGCUUCUACUUUGCUGCAGCCCAGAAUGAAAUGCGUUUUGUACAUACAGUAGGCAUCGUUUCCUCCCCACUGGCUACAUUUUCAACGGAUUUUUUAAAAUGUUGCAUGGACUCAUUACCGGGAUAUGUGCAGCCUUUUUACCAAGUGAGACACGAGGAAAUUAAUUAGUAAGUAAAAAAGCUUCAAGACUUGCGGCCGGGGUGAAAGACUAAAUCUGCUGGAAAUAAAAAAGGUAAUCGGGACUUCAGUGAUGUGAUGAGACAUUCCUGCAAUCGCACCCAUGUUCUUUAGGCAAAGAUAUCCGGACUUAAGCUGUUGAAUAAUUUUGUGACUGCAGCUGCUUUUAGCUUUUUUUCCCCUCUCCAUCAGAUGUGCAGUUUGAAAGCAUAUAGCCGAAGAGGAAAUUCUCUCACUGCUUGUAAUAUCUCACACAGAGCACAGAUGUUUAUCCAAAAUGCGACUUAAAUCUUUGCUGGCAUCAAGGCGGAGAAUCGAACACGGACUUUUUUGAACCCCAUGACUUCAUCUGCACGGAAGAUUUAAACAUUUGUGGACUUGGCUCGCAGGAAUUCACAUUUAUGCAGCAUUUUUUUUGUACCCCCCCUCUUUUCAGCCCACUUGAAAAUGGACAGUUCAUCAUAUGAGUCAUGUGUAAGACCAGUUUUGCCGCUUGAGAAGAGCUGCACGGAUUUACACGGCUAAAUCACUGUUGUGAGAAGAUUCAGCAUGUUUUCACAGAUCUGUCGUCCCCAAUGUUUCGCCCGCUGCAGUAGACCGGAGGAUGUGCUCUGCCCGAGAAGAGUAAAAUAGGCUGAGGCACUUGUUACAAUUAUAGCUUUCGCACCAUGAUAUAAUUUGCAUACACGAGAGCUAUUCGUCACCUAAACACUUUUUUUCUGGACAUUUGAAUGAGAUGAGUCAUUUGGAACAUUUUUCCUGUUUUCUCUGACGUGCGUACUUGUGCGUAAUUAUCAAGCUCUUUAUUAGGGAGAGAAAAACUCAACAGGUACAAUGCAAACCAAGGAGAUGGAAUUAAUACAAUUAAUAGCUGUGUUCCUCAUAUUUUGGGUCGGGGCUGAGGCUGUUAUCAACCUCAAGUAUGGAAUAAACGAGGAGAUGAAGCCCGGGUCAGUGAUUGGAAACGUGACAAAGGACGCGCUAAAGCAAGGAUUUCAGAUUGCGCCGCAGCCCCCGUACUUAAGGGUUAUUUCCAAUUCAGAACCACGAUGGGUGGAACUCAGUCCAGCCGGAAUCCUUACAACCCAAAUGAAAAUAGAUCGGGACGUAGUUUGUCGGCAGAACCCAAAGUGCAUUAUUUCCCUAGAAGUGAUGUCAAACUCUAUGGAGAUCUGUGUCAUCAAAGUUGAAAUUGAGGAUUUGAACGAUAACGCACCCAGAUUCCCAACGAGCCACAUUGACAUUGAAAUCUCCGAGAAUGCCUCCCCUGGUACCAGGUUUCCCCUAGAGGGGGCAAGCGAUCCGGACUCGGGGAUCUUUGGAGUGCAAUCAUAUUCCAUCACCCCAAAUGAGCUUUUCGGACUAGAAAUAAAGACCAGAGGGGAUGGGUCCAAAAUUGCUGAGCUCGUUGUGCAAAAAUCGUUAGACAGGGAGACCCAGUCCCACUAUACAUAUGAAAUCAGCGCAGAAGAUGGAGGAGACCCUCCUAAGAUAGGCGCGGUCCAGUUAAACAUCAAGGUGAUUGAUUCUAAUGACAACAACCCCGUUUUUGACGAGCCGGUGUAUACAGUAAACGUGAUGGAGAACUCCCCCAUCAACACAUUAGUCAUAGACUUGAAUGCAACGGAUCCUGACGAGGGCACUAAUGGAGAGGUUGUGUACUCGUUCAACAGUUACGUCACCGAAAAAACGAGGGAUGCGUUCAAAAUUGACCCCAGAACCGGGAUCAUCACCGUCAACGGUGUUUUGGAUUAUGAAACGGCGCAAAUAUACGAGAUCGACGUGCAGGCCAAAGAUUUAGGUCCCAACUCUAUCCCAGCUCACUGCAAAGUCACAGUGAAUGUGAUGGACACUAACGAUAAUCCACCUGUCAUCAGUUUACUCUCACUGAACACGGAGAUGGUGGAAGUGAGUGAGAACGCGCAGCGUGGAUAUGUCAUUGCGCUAGUGAGGGUGUCAGAUAAGGAUUCUGGGGCAAACGGCAAAGUGCAGUGCAGGCUGCAGGGCAAUGUUCCGUUCAGGCUGCAAGAAUAUGAGAGCUUCUCCACUAUACUUGUUGACGGCAGGCUGGACAGAGAGCAGAAGGACACAUACAACCUGACUAUCCAAGCGGAGGACAGUGGCAUGCCUCCUUUACGCGCCACAAAGUCUUUGGUAGUCAAAGUCACAGAUGAAAAUGACAACCCUCCCCAGUUCCUAAAGCCACACUAUCAAGAGAUGGUGAUGGAAAACAACCUGCCCGGCUCAUGUCUGCUGGCGGUAUCAGCAGAAGACCCGGACCUGGGGAUGAAUGGCACAGUUUCCUACUCCAUAGUCCCCGGUGAGAUUAAGCACAUGGAUGUAAACACAUAUGUCAGCAUAAACCCAUCAGGCCGCAUUUACUCCAUGAGAUCAUUCGACCAUGAAUACACCAGGACUUUUGAUUUCAAAGUUUUGGCCAGAGACAACGGCAACCCCUCUUUAUCGAGCAACGCCACGGUGCGUAUUGUUGUCCUGGAUGUCAACGACAACACACCUGUGAUGACAAACCCUCCGCUGGUUAACGGCACAGCGGAGGUGUCCAUCCCAAGAAACGCAGGGGUCGGUUACAUGGUCACCCAGGUGAAGGCUGACGACUACGACGAGGGGGAGAACGGGCGGCUGACCUACACCAUCUCAGAGGGGGACAGGGCUUUCUUUGAGAUCGACCAGGUGAACGGUGAGGUGCGCUCCACCCGGAUGUUUGGAGAGAACGCCAAGUCCACCUACGAGAUCACAGUGGUGGCGAGGGACCACGGCAAGCCCUCCCUGUCCGCCUCGGCCUACAUCGUGGUGUACCUCUCACCAGACCUGAACGCGCAGGAGCCUAUUGGACCUGUCAACCUGUCCCUCAUCUUCAUCAUCGCUCUGGGCUCUAUCGCAGCCAUCCUGUUUGUCACCAUGAUAUUUGUGGCGGUUAAGUGCAAGAGGGAUAACAAGGAGAUCCGGACGUACAACUGCAGUUUCUUCUACUUGCGCAGGGUGGCGGAGUACUCAUAUGGCAACCAGAAGAAGUCCAGCAAGAAGAAGAAGCUGAGCAAGAACGACAUCCGCCUGGUGCCACGCGACGUCGAGGAGACAGACAAGAUGAAUGUGGUGAGUUGCUCGUCUCUCACCUCCUCGCUCAACUACUUCGACUACCACCAGCAGAGCCUGCCACUGGGCUGCAGGCGCUCCGAGAGCACCUUCCUCAACGUGGAGAACCAGAACUCACGCAAUGCAGCUCCCAACCAUGGCUAUCAGCACCCGUUCACUGGGCAGGGCCACCAGCAGCCAGACCUCAUCAUCAACGGCAUGCCACUGCCAGAGACGGAGAAUUAUUCCAUUGACUCCAGUUACGUGAACAGCAGAGCCCACCUCAUUAAAAGGCCCCCAUGUAGCACAUCGACAUUCAAGGACCUGGAGGGGAACAGUCUGAAGGACAGCGGCCACGAGGAGAGCGACCAGACCGACAGUGAACAUGAUGUCCAGAGAGGACACUAUGUUGACACGGCUGUCAAUGACGUGCUGAACAUGACUGUCCCCCCCAAUGUUUGCCAGCUGCCAGACCAAGGGAUGGAUACAAACUGGAAACAGCUACCUGACUUUAUGGAACCAAGGCAUCGAGACCCCAGCGAAGGCUUUCACUGCCAGGACGAGUGUCGCAUCCUAGGCCACUCUGACCGCUGUUGGAUGCCUCGUGUCCCCAUCCCGGCGCGUGCCAAGUCACCCGAGCACGGCCGUAAUGUCAUCGCUUUGUCUAUCGAGGCCACCACAGUGGACGUGCCCCACUACGAGGAUGGCACCGCCAAGAGGACUUUUGCCACCUUCGGCAAGGAUGGGCCUGAGGACGUGGAACGGGGAGAGUUAAAGGGAAAGCGGACUCAGGAGUCUCAGGUGUGUAGCCCCAAGGCCAAUGGAGGGGCUAUCCGUGAAGCUGGCAACGGGCGCGAGGCAGCCAGCCCCAUCACUUCCCCCGUGCACCUGAAGAGCCCAGUGUCCAAGCCAUCAUCUGCCUACAACACGCUGAAAUGCCGCGACGCAGAGCGAAUCGCCAACCACAGCCUGCUGCGGCAGCCGGAGGGGAAGGACAGUGAGCCAGCUGUCAGGGAGAUCAACACGCUUCUCCACGAUGGCCGAGACAAGGAAUCCCCCAGCAGCAAGCGCCUGAAGGACAUUGUGCUUUAGCGAGCUUCUCAUUGACACACACCGACAUUCAUGCACACAUGCAGUGUAAAACUCAUAUAUAUGUACCCCGCAAUAGCUGUGUGUACACAGAAGAACGUCAGGCUGUGGAAGUAGAGAGACACACCCAUUUGCAGUAUACGAUAUUGAAGAACCGGCUCGUGCUGAGGAUGAUGAACUGUAGUAUGCUGCAGCUAGUUGUGUGCUCGAGCUGAGGUAGUGGAUGUGGCUUUGUUGUAGUCGCAGUACUUUUUCCUUGUUUGCUUUUUGUUCAGUUUUCUUUCUAUCGGUCUGCAACGAGUGGACAGGCAGGUUACUGUUGACUGCAUGGACAUGGCCAGUGGACCUCUCCAGCGCUUGCGCCAAAGCAGGACACUGCGUGUUUGGACACCUGAGGUGCCAAUUCAUUACGUACAGUUAUGCCUUUUGAACUACUUUUGUAUCACAAACUGAUAUUUGCCUUCUUUGGUUUUGCAGUUUGUUCUAGCUGCCAAAAUCGCUCUUUGUUCCUUUGUAUAGUGAGCUCCAUCAAUGUAAUAAACGACAUACACAGGAUUCAUCUUAAAAAAUAUUCUCAAUUUACUCCUUCGACAGUUUUCAGUGCAUUCAGGGGGAAGGGAAGCGAGCCCUCUCGGUCUCAUUUGCCCCUUUCCCUGACUAAUAAGAGAAACUUUCUCUGCGUAUCCCUGAGGACAUCCCAGUGUCAUCAGACUGUGAGGUCUUUACAGUAUUUAUAUUUUAUCAAGGAUGGAGCUUAAUGAACUCUCGCUAUCUGCCCAGCCGCUCUGAACACUGGAAGUGGGACAGACAGAUCCUUGUGUUCAAAUUGAGUUGUAUGAAAAAAAACAAGACUUACUGCUUUUGAAAUCUCCUGUGCCCAACCUUGAUUGUAGCCAGUGGAGCACAAAUUAGAACUUUGUGCUCUGGUCUUGUACUUUUUUUGACUUUUGACUAUGGGGCUAGGAUAGAAGGGAUCGUCACUCAUGUCUUGCUAUGUGAAACUCUCUAUAGGGUUUACUAUUAUCAUUUUUAAUAACCUGUUGUUAUGUGACAAUCCCUUUAAUGUUUUGUUUCAAGAGAAAAAAACAAAUAAACAUUGGUGUUCAACUGAAGCUACAGUAGCGUUUGUUACACAAACACAAAAAUAAAAAAAAACAUAUAUGCCAAAAUAUAUUUUAUAAAUAAUUUAAAAAUGUAUAAUGAGAAUAUUUAAUGCUGUGUAGUUAUUUUAUGAGUAAGUUAUACUUGAAAUUAACUUGCUUUUGUUCAUUUGUCCUUUGCUUUUUAUAUUGAAUCUGAUUUGUUUUUUUAUUUUCAAAAUGAACUUGGAUUAUUUUUUUGUUUACUGUGUGACCCCUGGCAACUGUUGCAGUCUACCUUGUUGUAAAGAGUUUCUUAUUGGUCAGUUCUUGUGCCAUCAAGUUUCUGUGUGGGCUACUAGAAAAUGUAAAAAAGACAAAAAAAAAAGAAACAAAAAAAGCGAUAUCAGCACCAACAUUAGUGUGUCAGUUCAAUGAGCUUAGAGUGAGAUAGCAAAAGAAACCAAAAAAGAUGCAAACAAAACCUUAAAAAUUGCAAGAUGUUGCUUAAUCUUAGUAUCUAAGGAGGAGAAAGAACGGCUCCCAGUGUUCUUCAAGCUGGUAACAGGAUUCCACCUAUAAUGAGUCGCCUUUCCUAUUGGGCCCAAUUGAGUUUAAACAAGACUUUUUCAGCCUCAACUGAGGGCAUUCGGAUGCGCAGACUAGCUUUGCUCAGCACUGCUGUCACCCUGUGCCAUCUGUGUUCAGUUGAUCUCAAAGAUAAGGUUGAGACCAGAGUGGUAUAAACAGGGCUCUCCCCUCCUGCGAGCACCACACAACAGACUGGGUGGAAUCAUGUUUGAACGAACUAAGGUCUUGGAAGAACCGUGUUGCACAUCAGCAAUGUGGUUUUAUGUUGCUUUGCAGUAAACUAUGUACAAUGUGGAAAAAUAUGAAUGAAAAUUGACAAAUUGCAUACAACAAACUAGGUCUUGUAGCUGAAUGUUUUGCUGGUCUCACCCAUGGCUUCUGGCAACAUGAAAAUCGGAAUAAUCACUGAAUGUAUACAGCAGCUUAUAAUUAAACUAUUAA